AUGGAAGCUUAUUCUUCUGAGUCAUCGCCAGAGAUGAAAAUCUUGCCGGCGGAUCUAGGAUUGAACCAAAGGGUGGGGAAACGAAGGGACAAUAGCCGGUUAACAAAACAUUUCGCCCUAAUAGAACUCUCCCAGGCACUAAUACCAAGACAGCCGCCGGCCUCCUCUUCCAGCUCCGAUUUCGGGAUGGUUCUUCUUCACCGAAGAUCCCCUGCCUGA